AAUAAAUCAAAUGAAUCACUGUAUUCAAACUUUAAAGGUUUUCUCAUAAAAGGUCCAGAAAACCCGCAAAAUAAAAAGUAUCUCAUGUAUGCCCUUAAUUAUCAAACAUAAUACAAAUAAAUAUGAAAACCCUAUUUAAGUAAUUAUUGUUUACAAAAGUGGGUUUGUUAAGUAUUUCCUACAUUUUAUGUUUUUUUCCCCCCGGCUGUGUGACAGGAUGACAAAGUUUGAGGACCGAGUACCAGUUAGGUCACGAAGUUAACGAUUUGCGGCGUUUUACUGGCAGCUUGUGUGUUUAGACACGGAAAUGAAUUCCACAGCAACCGUCGUGGUCGUUUCUCAAGCAGCAUCAGCAGCCAUCGAUUGCCUGUUCCCCUCCCUCCUUUCUCUGUGGAUGGACUGCAGCCUCCCAACGACAGCACACUUCUCCGGAAUCAAAGGCAUCGCCAUUAGAGGGGAGCGUCUCCGCUGAGCUCAGACAAAUGUUGAUCAGCAAAAUCAAUUUCAGUUUGUGUGUUGUCCAGUUUUUAAUUUUCUUAUUGAAGCCCACUGUUGUCCGAUAACUGGGAAUGUUUUAAUCCACUUAUCACAAAGCCUCAGUUGGAUUGUUAAGUUGUCCAGUUUACUUCCUUCUACAGUUUUCUUGGAAAAACUUCUCUCUCCCUCAUUCUCUCUCUCUCUCUCUCUCAUACAUAGAAAUUUCUGAAAGUAAACUGUCGAAGGAAGUAAAUAGAGAGUGACCAGAUUUAUUUCCUUACAUUGACUUCCCAAAUCUGUAUUGGAGCAGCUAACUACUAACUUAAAAGGAAGUAUAUAUCAAAUAAUUUUCUUCAACAAGCUGUGAAAUCCUAAGUCAUGUUUCUUUUCUCUUUGUACUUCCGCAACACGCGAUACAACAUGAGGCAGACCUGUGUCAAGCAGAAUGGGAUCUCAGUUCCCAUGGCAAGUUGCAGAAAGCACUUUCAUUUUUCUCACGAACACCCUGUUGUUGCAUCACAUUGACACAAAAUGCGCGUGUAUCAACAAUUCAGGUUUCCAGAAACAACGAUGUGUCCCACUUUCCGAUUCUACAUCCACGACACUGGAAACAUGUCACGUCGGGAGGCAAGAUGAGAUGAACUCUUGAAAUUAUUUUCCGAGAAGCAUUUAAAAAUUAACGGAGUUCUCCCGUUAACAUUAACGUCCCCAUUAGAAAUAUUUUUUCCUUUGCAUUGUACAGUGUUGCUGAUGGCUGAUUUACUUUCUCAGGACGUUUUACACCCCUUGUAUUACUCCGCACUACACUUGUUACACAACAUGGAGUACCUUCACGUCAGCAACAAACAGAAACCUCUCUAAAUGUAAACAGAAACGUAAGAUGAAGUCAGUAAUAUCCUGCUUCUGCUAAAAUUAUAUGAUGACAGGAUUUACUGCCAUAAAUUGAUGUUGGUAUCCAUGUUGUGGAAACAACGUUAGAUGUCGAUCCCACGCGAGCUUCGCUAUCUUCUCCAUCUCGUCGUCAUUCAGCUCCCAACAGUCGGCACAUCGGGAGUGUCUCAUCCUUGCUCGACAGUUCCUGCCACUCAGCUGAUACAAUUACAGAAAUCGGCCCAGGACAAGAUGAUCCUAGCCUGAACUGUCGUCAGAGCAACCGGUAUGGCCGCUGACUGGACCAAUUUCGGACUGCUUUGGACAUCAAACAGGUUAAGUUCCAGCGAAACGAGUGAUAAAUGGAUUGUUGUCGGGUCAGAGGAAGAAGAUGAAUGACAUCUUUAAGCUUCAAGAAGCUUAGAGGUAAUUUGUUUCUCAUUCGAUGUGCUGCAGACUGUUUUUGUGGAGACCAACGGUUCCCCAUCACUGGCUCGCACUUGGCGGGUCACGAGACCUCGACAUCUACGACGCGUGAACGCACCUUCAACGGGUGGCGAUAGAGAAUUACUCUCCAUCAGUUGGGGAAAAACUCAACAAUUGUUUUGUGUCAAACAGGAGGAAGAUCCGACUGAACAGUCCUCCUACACUCUUUCAACUUUCUUUGUAAUUUGUCAUCAGCUCUCUCGUACCUGCACUGACUCUGCAGCAUCCCAGCUGCUCGUUUAAGUCCACGGGUGCUGGUGUUUUUCGUGAAACUUCUGAAUCAUCAAACAUUACAAAUUCACGACCACUGAUGACGCUAAAGCUUUCAAUUUUUCAUGGAUGUCUUUCGGUGAUCAGCGAGCAAAUCUGAAAGGCUGUAAGCCUCCCUUGCUCACCUUCAUCCUGUCUUCCUUUCAUCGUCUCUGAGUCAAUCUACAGCCAAUCUUUUGAUGUUUCCAAAAGAACAAAGCAACAAGCAGGGUCAUUACGUCCGCAAGAGUGAACGCCAGAGGGCGCCCUGCCGGCUGAAGGAAGUGACGACACCGAUAUGUACGAAAACAUCACCACGACGGACUGGAUCUACAUGACGUCAGAGUGCGUGGUAGGCGUGUUCUCCACGCUGGGCAACGGCCUGGUGCUGCUGGCCAUCUUCAAGACGCACGCUCUGCGCACCAUCACCAACUGCUUCAUCGGCAGCCUGGCCGCCGCCGACAUGUUGGUGGGCCUGGUCAUCCCGCCCACCGCCAUCCUCGUCUUCCGCGGCCUGCCGAGAAACUUCCAUGCCUGCGUCUUCAUCAACUCCCUCGUCGUUCUCAUCACCAACAUCUCCAUCCUCAACCUGGCCGCCGUAGCGCUGGAGCGCUUUAUCGCCAUCCGAUACCCGUUCCACUACCACAGGCUGCUGACCAUCCAGCGAGCCAUGUACGUGGUGGUCAUCACCUGGAUCACAGCCAUCUUGGUGGGCCUGAUUCCCACCAUGGGAUGGAACAAGGGCUCGGACAACUUCACGGACUGUUCCUUCACGAAGGUUAUCCGGUAUGAUUACUUGGUCUACUUCAUCUUCUUUGGGAUCAACAUCCCGCCCCUCCUCUUCAUGUUUGUCAUCUACCUGUACAUCUACCACACCAUCCGCAAGCACCGAAGGCGCUCAGUUUCCCAGGUGAGGGUGCUGCCCCCGGGCCUGCGUCGCUCCAUUCAUCAGCGGGCGAAGGAGGUGCGCGGGGCGCAGUGCCUAGCUUACGUCAUCAUCCUCUUCGCUAUUUGCUGGCUGCCCCUCCAUAUUCUUAACUGUAUUUCACACUUCGCUCCCGAAAAAUCCCCACAUCCGAAUGUCUUGCUCGUGACCAUCGUGCUCAGUCACGCCAACUCUUGUGUCAACCCUUUCUUCUACGCGUAUGGCAAUACAAAGUUCAAGCAGGCGAUGAAGAAAAUCUUGCUGUGUGGACGCUUGGACCCUACGCACAAUUCCGACUCUCUCCCCACCGAUGGCCAAUCGUACCGACGUUCGGUGUUCAACAAGGACAAUGCCACAUCCUUCGAUGGUAAGGACCAGUCGCAUAACAGACAACUAGAACUAUUCUCCAGUGACGACACAAACGUGUUACAGCAAGUGUCUCCGUCCGCUUGGCACCUGGACGUUCAGGGUGAACCCCACGGGAGAUUAAACGGUGGUUUCGAUGACAAGGAUUCUGCGAUCGCGAUUCAACCUCCAAAUGAGCGAAGAAUUAACAAAUCUGUCUCAUGGAAUGAUGAAAGUGUGAGCCAUGAUAAGCUGCCGACGACUGCCCCCAGCAGGCAGGACAUCAACGAUGACAUCGGCGAUAACAUCGAUAAUCCACACAGCUCCGUGCUGCCCACGUUCGGCAGCAAGGCUUCUGCCAUGUCAGAAACUGAGCACACAAGCUUGGAUCCACUUCCAAUCAUGAUUCCUCUUACAAACUCACUCGUAACGGCUCUCGAAAGUCCUCGACACUUAGCUUUAAGCGAAUCACAAGGAACUGCACAGCCUGACAUCAGCCCACCACAAGUUCGGCGUCGGAGCUUCCAAACCCCGAGUCAGCCUCAACUGGACAAAGUUCACCCUCUCUAUCCUCAACGUCUAAAUGCGGGAGAUCCGGGCAUCCCCGUCAAACAGUUCCUGUGUGGGCUGAGCGAGGACUAUGGGCAAGUGGUGAUGAAUUUGUGCUCGACAGACGAUGCAGACACAGAGUACGACGAGACCUCGGUAGGACCAGUUGACGAUAGUCAUCACCAUAACGUCUACGUCGAGCAAGCACACAGCACAAAUUCAUCUGAUCCCCCAGAAGGUAUCACUCGUGCGGCCUCUCCUUCGCCGCCCUUGCUUUUCCAUAAAGUGAGGCUGAAGGUCCCCCCGGAUACCGAACACAUGGACAUUUCCUCGCCAUCAGAAAAUUCCUGUAAAAACUCUAGUGAUGAAGUGAAAAGCGUGAAGUCUUUUUCAGAAAACGAGGACAUAUUUGGAUCAAAGAGCUUUAUUUCAAUACGUUUAUGAUGACAGGCUCUUAGACGAAUGUUAUUUUAGUGAAAGAAACAUUUUCCAAACGUCAAACAAACUAUUCGUGAAAACUAAUCAAAACUGCUACUGUGAUACUUAGGUAAUUUAAUUUACUCUGUCCAUCUUCAAGGUUGUAAACUACGCCGACUACUAAGAAUAGCGUGUGAAAUGUUAAUGCCCGCGGUCGUCUGCUUGCUCCACUUCUGUCCUUGUCCAUUGGUGUGUUGUUGUUAGCCGUAGUUUCACAUAAAAGCAAAGUAAACAUAUUGAUUCCAACCCAUUUUAUUUAUGUCCUGUUCAUUCAAUCAUUCUUCUAGGUAGAGCAAACAAAAGUUUUAAAAGUAUAGAAUUUUUUUAAAAUACUGUCAAUGCUACACCCACAAGCUCAAUUCGACAAAUAAUUAAAAAAAACACCGCAAUAGAUGACUGCGUAGAUGUUCUGCAAGGUCGUUUUGCAAAUGUUCGGGAAAACAUCUGUGCUCGGUGAAGACGGAGAUCAUUAAUUUUAAAAACCAAUAAGCCAACAGGUUGACAGGAUAACAGACACACUAGUAUGCGCUCGCGCGCACACACAUAAAAAACAGUGUUACAGUUGGGAUAGUGAAUAAUAACUAGAACAGUAUUUUUAUGGAAAAGAAAGAGAGAAAAAAAACUUGAAUAAUCAUCUCUUCACAACUAUUAACGUCGAUAUUUUUUGCUAAAUUUAUGAUUUACUCAUUCAUUCCUAUGAUGAAUAAUGUUUAGCGUCUCCGUAAAGAUUAAUCGUUAAAAAGCACAGACAAAAGGCGGAUCUGUCAUCAUCCGAACACUUGUGGCUUGUGACAAAUAAGUUAGAGUAGAACACGGCGGAUAAGACUGCUGCAAUCAACAUUACUCCACUCCGCGGUUAGCCGCCGUGAAAAUACGAACACUCACAAGCCAUUAAUCGCAGUUAGUGUGCUUUAAAAAUAAAACUUGAGUCCAGCUGGCAUUUUAUGCUCAGACGACGAGAAAUAUAAACAAAGAUCCGGUGUGUUUAUGUAUUGGUUGCACUGCUCACGCUGGUCGAUCUUAUGGACAAGUUUGCUGCCAACGGUAGCCAUGAAGACCGUUCAUUACUAUAGAAACGGCUGCAAUUAUUCUGGAUGUUUAAACGCUCGGUUGAGUCACAGUCAUGGGGAUUAAGAACUGCGAAGAGGGAGAGAACGAGGAAAGCAUGUCAAAAAUAAAAAAUUUUCAUUGAAGACCUGACUUUCAACUGAGAUUUGAAUUUCAUCGCAAAACUGAUUUUGAGGUAUAGAAAAGGCAGCGCCACAAGAAAUUUAACUCAAGUUUACAAUUCUGUCCAGAUCAUGUCCAUUUUUAGAGAUUUUCUUGUGUGUUACUUGUGUCUCGUCAAUAAAAUCAAUCAAACUUCAAA